AUGGACGAUGUAGUUCCAACCGACGUGGCCAUCAGUGGUUUUAAUGGAGGAUCUAGUAACACCAAAGGUAUUCUACCUUUGGAAAUUACUAUUGGCGGUAAGACAUCCUUUACGGCUUUCUUUAUCAUUGAUUCAACCGCGGCCUAUAAUCUCCUUUUAGGCCAAGAUUGGAUUCAUCCUAACAUGUGCAUCCCAUCAACCUUGCAUCAAAUGUUGAUUUUUGGGGAUGGAAAUGAGGUAAAAAUUGUUGAGGCCGAUAACAAACCCUUUAUAGCUAGGGUGUAUUCGGCUGAGGCUGCAUUUUAUGAUGAAACUGUUAAGCAGCUCGGCCGAAAAUUGAUAUUUUCAGGUCGACCAUCAAGGACAUUGAAAAUGUUACUGAUGGAUCACAAAACCAAUGAAGAAAAGAAGCGGCAAGCUUUCAGGGCCGCUUGCAUAAGACUGAAAGCAUAUCUGGCUGAGAAGAGACUGGCCAGAGAAGAACAGCUAUAUGAAGAGGUAUCGGCCAGCACAGCCGAUAUAAUUGAAGAAGGUUUCGAAAAGCUGGAUGCAAUCCAACUUGAAGAUUUGGAGUCAGCCCCUUCCAGGAUGGAAGAUAAUAAAGCAGAGGUGCAAGAUCCUUUAUUGGAAAUAAAUGUUGUUAGGUAUGUUGAAUGGCUGUCUAAUGUUGUUCCGGUAAUGAAGAAGAAUAACAAACUUAGAGUUUGUGUGGAUUUUCGUAAUUUAAAUAAUGUCAUUCCAAAAGAUGAAUAUCCAAUGCCUGUGGCCGAUCAACUUAUUGAUUCGGCCGCUAAGCAUGAAAUAUUGUCUUUUAUGGACGGCCAUUCAGGUUAUAAUCAAAUCUAUUUAGCCAAGGAAGAUGUUCAUAAAACGGCUUUUAGAUGUCCUGGGUCAAUUGGUACUUUUGAGUGGAUUGUGAUGCCAUUUGGCCUAAAAAAUGCUGGGGCUACUUAUCAAAGGGCAAUGAAUUCUAUCUUUCAUGAUAUGAUUGGCCGAUUCAUGGAAAUAUAUAUAGAUGAUGUAGUUGUGAAAUCAUCGGCCAAGAGACAGCAUUUGGAACACUUGAAAAGAGCCUUUGAAAGGAAGAGGAUUCACAAAUUGAAAAUGAACCCAUUGAAGUGUGCAUUUGGAGUUUCAGCCGGGAAUUUCUUAGGGUUCUUGGUACAUAAACGAGGUAUUGAAGUUGAUCAGAACAAGGUCAAAGCUAUUAUAAAUGCUAGGGCCCCAGCUAACAAAAAACAAGUACAAAGGUUCCUCGGCCAGGUAGGUUUUCUUAGAAGAUUUAUUUCUAACCAUGCUGGCCGAGUGCAUGUCUUUUCGACUUUAGUAAAAUUAAAGUCACAUGAGAAAUUUCAUUGGGACGAAUCCUAUCAGAAAGCCUUUGACAAAAUAAAAGAGUAUUUGGCAAACCCCCCGGUUGUAAUGCCUCUAAGAAAGAAGUGGCCGUUAAAGCUUUAUUUAUCGGCCGCAGAAGAAUCAAUUGGUAGUAUGCUCGCACAAGACAAUGAACAUGGAAAGGAGCAGGCUGUCUACUACCUAAGUAGAGUACUAACUGAUGUAGAAUGCAGAUAUUCCUCAAUUGAGAAGCUUUGUUUAUCUUUAUACUAUUCGGCCAUGAAGUUGAGAGUAUACAUGCGGCCUGCUGAUGUUUCCAUUCUUUGUCAGACUAACGUGAUCAAGUAUAUGCUAUCAAGGCCAUUGAUCACUGGCCGAAUAGGUAAGUGGGCUUUGGCUUUGAUGGAAUUCAAUUUUAUCUACGUCCCACAAAAAUCAGUAAAAGGAAGGGUUCUGGCUGAUUUUUUGGCCGAUCAUCCUUCAACUGAUAUUGAUCCAUGGGUUUAUGAUGAAUUGGAGUCAUCAACUAUAUUCUUAACUCCUUGGAUCUUGAUGUUUGAUGGAUCAAGCACGGCUGAUGGAGCAGGAGCAGGUAUUGUUAUUAUUUCGCCAGCUGGCAGAAAGGCUUCAUUAUCUUUCUUUUUAGAUUUUAAAUGUUCAAAUAAUCAGGCCGAAUAUGAAGCGCUUAUAAUCGGCCUGGAGAUUUUAAUUGAAAUGGCUUUCUGGCCGAGAGGGCAGAAUAAGGAGGCCAACAGCAUGGCCCAAGCAGCCUCUGGAAUAAGAGUACCAGCCGGAAUAGAAGAUCAGUUGAUAAAGAUAACACGAAGAUCUUUGCCAUCGGUCGAAUUGAGAAAUACUAUGUUAUUUGAUACUUGGACAAUUGAUGUAGAAGAUUUGGCCGACGAUGACUGGAGGAUACCAUUUAUAAUGUUUCUUCGAAAUCCAAACAUCAAGGCUGAUAGAAGUAUUAAAAGAAAAGCGAUCAACUUUGUGCUUCUAGAUGGGGAUCUAUACAGAAAAGGGUUAGAAGAUGGGCUCCUACUACAAUGCAUAAGCAAGGAGGAAUCACUUCAGGUUAUGGCCGAGGUACAUGAGGGCAGCUGUGGGGCUCACCAAGCUGGGAUUAAAAUGAGAUGGCUGAUUCGCAGGUAUGGAUAUUAUUGGCCGAGAAUGAGAAAAGAUUGCAUAGAUUACUCAAAAGGUUGUCAAGCUUGUCAAAGACACGAGCCGAUUCAAAAUGUACCAGCAAAAGAAUUACAGCCAAUAAUCAAACUUUGGCCAUUCAGAGGUUGGGGCCUUGACCUUAUUGGUAAAAUUAAUCCACCAUCAAGCGAAGGCCAUCACUGGGUGAUUGUUGCCACAGAUUAUUUUACUAAAUGGGUUGAGGCCAAGGCUUGCAAAGUGGUUGAUCAGCAAACAGUGAUUAAUUUCAUGGAACAAAACAUCAUCCACAGAUUUGGGAUUCCAGAAACACUUGUUUCAGACAAUGCAACAGUAUUUAGGGCAACUGAUGGCUAA